AUGGUGGAUUACUAUGAAGUUCUAGGCAUGCAGAGACAUGCCUCACCUGAGGAUAUUAAAAAGGCAUACCGUAAAUUGGCACUGAAGUGGCACCCUGAUAAAAAUCCUGAGAAUAAAGAAGAAGCAGAGAGAAAAUUCAAACAAGUAGCUGAGACAUAUGAGGUGUUAUCAGAUGCUAAAAAACGGGACAUCUAUGAGAAAUAUGGCAAAGAAGGAUUAAAUGGUGGUGGUGGAGGUGGAAGUUAUUUUGACAGUCCAUUUGAGUUUGGCUUUACAUUCCGUAAUCCAGAUGAGGUCUUCAGGGAAUUUUUUGGUGGAAGGGACCCAUUUGCUUUUGACUUCUUUGGUGUGGCAGAUGAAGAAGCCUUUGUAGAAGAAUGCAGGCGAAGAGGACAAAAUGCCCUGCCUUCCCAGCCAGCAAAUGUCCGUUCACAGAAGUCUCACAGACCUGCCACUUUACCCAAACAUGUAUCUAACUAUAUUUGUGAGGAGGAGAAUGAGCAAGAUAAACCUCAGGUCACCAGCAACUGGGAUCCCUCCAUUUUUUCCGCAGGAUUCAAAGAAGGUGGCAAGAGGAAGAAGCAGAAGCAGAGAGAGGAGCAGAAGAAGAAGAAGUCGACCAAAGGGAAUCACUAGACUGGACUUACCAGACACAUGCACACUUUUGCACCAAAUGCUCAC